AUGGCGGCGGCAGGUCCGAGCACUCGGGCUUCUUCCGCGGCGGCCACGGCGGCUCUGAGUCGGCGGGGCCGGCGGGGCCGCUGUGACGGGAUGGCGGCCGCGAAGACCGGGCUUCCGGGCCCGGCCUCUAGCCCCGCGUUGUUAGUGUUACCGCCGCCGCCACGGCCGGAGGAGUCGGGCUGCGCCGGGUGCCUGGAGACCCCGGGGGAAGCGGCGGCCCUGCCGUACGGCCACUCGCGGUGCCGAGGCUGCGCCUCCCGCGCGGCGGGCCCGGGCUGCCGUCGCUGCCGUCCCCGGGGUUCGGGCUGGGCCCGUCGUCGGGCCCGCGACGACGGCCAGGCCGCCACGGAGCUGCUGAACGAGCGCGCCCGUCGCGGACAACCGGAGCGCUGCCGCUCGCGCCGGGACGGGGGCGCGGCCGGCGCGGGGCCCAGGCCGGACCCGGAGCCGCGCGCGGAGCCAGAGUUUAUAUUCAGAGCACCAAUCAAAUUGAGCAAGCCCGGAGAACUUCGUGAGGAGUAUGAAUGUCUAAGAAAGCUGAGAGAAGAGAAGUUACAGGAAGAAAAAUCUUGUGAAGAUAAGAUCCACAAGGUACUGCAGGAGGAUUCAGAAAUGGGAAAAAGGAAAACGGAUGAACAGAAAACAAGAGAUGAGCCAGUGGUGCUGAAAACAAGUCUGGAGCAGUGUCCUGCACGUCUCUCGGAUUCAGAGAAUGAAGAACCUUCUCGGGGCCAAAUGAUACAGACACAUCGCUCGGCCUUUGUCUCCAAGAACAGCUCCUACUCCUUAGCUUUCCUGGCAGGGAAGCUAAACACCAAGGUGCAGAGGAGUCAGAGCUGCAGUGACACGGUUCAGGACCGAGUGAAGAGCAGGCUCAGAACAGCUCCACCCAACAGAGCCAAGGUCACAACUAUAACUCCAGGGUCCACCCCCAUUAUUGGUGUUCUCUUGUCCACUCAAAACAACCGCUGCCUCUCAGCUCCUGACUUAACCAUAGAAAAGCGCCUGCCCUUCAGCUCCCUUUCAUCCUUGACUUCUUUGCAUAAGCCAGAGCGCUCUAUCAGCCCUGAAAGCAAUGACAGCAUCUCUGAAGAACUAAACCACUUCAAGCCCAUCGUCUGCUCACCAUGCACCCCUCCCAAAAGACUCCCUGACGGCCGUGUGCUUAGUCCUCUCAUCAUCAAGUCAACACCUCGUAACCUGAACAGAAGCCUGCAGAAGCAGACUUCCUACGAGGCUAGUCCACGGAUCCUCAAGAAGUGGGAACAGAUCUUCCAGGAACGGCAGAUCAAGAAGACCCUUUCCAAAGCCACUCUCACCUCCCUGGCCCCUGAAGGAGGGGAGGAGUUACUAGGCUCUGAAGCUAUUCAUUCUAGCAAGGAGAGGCUGCCUCUGGCUCUAAGUACAAAACUGUCCAGGGCCCAGGUGCUCUCAGAGUGUGCUGGGCCCACAUCUACUACCCUUGAAUAUGUCCCUUCUGUUAACCAGACAAAAGCAGAACAGGACUGUGUUAGAAAAAGGAGCCAUGAGGUUCCAGUGGAAUCCUGCUAUUCCUCAGAGUACAGAGUUGUAGCCAGUGGGCCUUCUUUGGAAGGGGAGCAGUCUGAAGAGUCAAGGUCCACCCUAGAUGCCACGUUAGACAAAACUUGCAUGAGCACAGUCAUGAAGACUUCAGCAGUUAAUUCUGUGCUACCCAAAAAUGAUGUUUUGGGUGGGGUCCUCAAAACAAAGAAACAGCUGAAGACACUCGGUCAUUCUGAUCUGGCUAACGGCAUUCUGGUUGACAGCCUAGGAGAGGAGUCAAUUCCUUCCUUGCGUAGGGGCCGGAAAAGACGUUGUAAGACCAAGCACUUGGAACAGAAUGGUAUUAAGAAACUGCGACCACCCAGCAGUGACAUGGGCCUGGCCCCCAAAGACCCAGGACUGCUUGAGGUGGGGCGGAAAUGGCAGCAGGAGGAUGCGGGCCCGAUGGCUAUCCAGUCACAGCGCAUAUUUGACAGUGAGAGGCGGACUGUGAGCCGGCGGAAAGGAAACAUGGAUCAGUACCUCUUACGGUCCAGCAGCCUGGCUGGGGCCAAGUAGCACUUACUGAACAAUGUAAUGUUACGGCUUCUCAGAGGCUUGGCCUCAGUCAUUUAUCCAAAAGAACUAGCUGAAUGGUCUCACUUUGAGUUUCUUUCAAUGGCAAAACACUGUCUAAUACGGUUCUGAGGGGCUUCAGGACCUUGGUAAUCAAAGCCAAGGGUCUGUAUCUUUGGCUCUCUAGGACCUGGGCCAUGCUUCUCACCCCCUGAGUGAGCCAACUCUGAAGGCUUCCAGGCCCAAAUCUGGCAGCACCCACUUGGAAUGAGAUUGAGACUGGCCUCAUUCAUGAACGUGAUGGCCAGAGUGAGAGAUGGGAGAGAGUACCUUCUCACACUCGUGAGACCCCCAGCUUCUUACGACAGAGUAGUGUUUAAGUCAGCCUUGCAGAUAAAGAUCCACUCUUCAGAGACAAGCAGUUCAGUGCUUGGGAAGAUCCGAGAUGAACAGAACAGGUGAUCAUGUUCGUCUGUCUUCCCUAUGUGACUCUACAUACCUAAAUCAGUUGAGCUUAGAACCUUUGCUUCUCCAGAAGUUAAUUUGCAUUCCCUGUUUAAACUAUGACAUUUGACUGAUGCUGUGAUUGACACCUGGUCUUCUUGGUGUCAGCUUGAUGAAGCUGCAGUGCAGGUGUUGAGGUUCUCUGCUGAGUGGUGUCGCCCAGGCUGACCACUGUGUCUCCUGGAUUCUCCACAACCAGGGCGGCCUAGGGACUGGCUGGGCACUGGGUGUGACAGUGCGAAGCCCCCCUCGGAGCAGUUAACAUUGCUGAGAUGUAAACGGUAGAACUGCGGUGGCUCACCUACCCCGUUUACAGGCUGCUUCCCCAGGAGUCCUAGCCUGAGACAGCUAUGAGGUUUUCUUACUACUUUCCACUUGGCAAUGGCUAUCUGAAAUUUUGGUCUAAAAAUCAUGAAAAACUUGCCCCAGAGUCAGGUAAAGGUCAAUGCUGAGACUCCCAUACUGUGGAAACAAGGUAUCUAGCUGGAUGCAGCUGGUAAAUUCAGUCCCAUGGACCUUUGGGAUUUAUUUUUUUUAGCAGCUGACACCAUGUGUCUUUUGCAUCCCUGGUGGUGCUUGGUGCUUCUGCCCUUCUGGGCUCAGUGAGAAUAGGGAUUCUGAUAGGAUUUUAGGGACUCUCAGGUGGGCUGGCGUUCCCUUUGUCUGUAUGAGCUGUUACCAUAGUCAUGUGACUGGCAUUUUAACAAACCUUCCAGAGCUUCUAUACCCACCCUAUGCUGUCUCCCUUGAAAGGUCCCAGCAGGAUACUGCGUGGUUCUCCAGUGAGUUGCAUUUGAUCAGAGAGUUUCUGAAACAAAGUAUAGAAAUAGCUAGAGGAUAUCCCCUCCUCAGUGGCUGAGGGAGGUUACCUGUAGUGCUGUUUCCUCGGGGCAGAUGUCAGUUUUUGGGAUUGUAGAAGAGAAAACCUCAGAUUUGGAAUUAGCCCAAAGGUGGUUGAAGCUCCUAGGGAGGGGAAGGAGCACAUGGAGUCCCAAGAAAGCUGUCCCUUGGAGCAGACGGAGCUCUUUCUCUGCAGCCCAGAACUGACUGUUCCUAGGGAUGCUAGAUGUUUGUGGCCAUCACCGAGAUAGGUGGCUUCAGAGGCUGCCCUGGUGGGGAACUGAGAGUCCUGGGGUGUGGGUGUGUUUUUUAAACAUGUAAUAGUCUCAUUACUUUAUAGUCACACCACUUUACUUCUUGCCCUAGGUAACUUCAGGCUUUAGGGCUGCUAGAAGGCAUGUUAAUGCCCUGGUCUGCAGAUACAAGGAGAUUCCAUUAGAGAAAACUUUGAAAUUUUUGCCAUUUCAUAUAUUUCUUUUAUGAUCUUAGUAAUUAUUAUUGGAAGGCUAGUCUUACUAGGUAGUAGCAAAGACACUUAUUUUUCCACAUGUCACCCUUUUAUAUGCCAUUGGCCAUUAGAAAAACACUUUCAGUUGGAGUUAAUUUUUGGUUUUGGGAAAAAGAUAAAAUAUUUUUAAUAGAUGAGAAAUAUAUAUUUUAAAUAUCCCUCUGCCCCUAGUUACUGCCUUGACUCUAAGAGUAUGCACAGCAGUGGCGACAAGCGUACCUGCAGGUGCAGUGCUGCUGCUGAGCGGGUACUGCGGACGCUGGGCUGGCCCGGGGCCAUCCCGGUGUGCCGUGGACAGUGGUUCUUGAAGUCAAGGCAAAACAGUUUACACUGAGGAGGAAAGGCUUCCUUUUUAGUCUGCUUAGCUUUGAAGGUGGGAAAACUACUAAAGCGCUGCAUGCAAGGUGCUCUCGCAUGUAGUCACUGAAACCCCUCACAGCUACAGUUGUUGACUCGGGAGAGCUGGUGCGCUAGAGGGAAAGACAUCACUUCACAACCCUCGUUCUGCUGUGCUCCUUCUGUAUGUGCAUUCCGCUUCUUUUGUUUUCUUAUUAGAGUAAGAGGAGGGUGAGUCUUUCUAAGAGAUGUGCCAUUCCUCAAGAGGGUUGGUAGCCCUUCUCCAGAAAGGUAACCUGAGUGACAUUCAUGAGUAGCUGACGGUACCUGUUGGGAGAAGUCAUCUGGACCAGAUGGAUUGGUAUCAAGUCAGGGAUUAUUCAACCAGCAACUGACCUCUGUCCCUUAGUUACCUCUUGUCUAGGAAUUCUUUCCUAACUGACCUUAUUUGUUAAAAGAAACAAAACAAAAAAUCCAAAACUUUCUUUUGUGGGGAGUGUAUACUGGUCAUAAAUGUCCUUUAUUAUUUUUUAAGGUAAAAUGCCCGUCAGAGAGUAAAGCUAUUUCAUUAAUUAUUGUCUGGUUACAAACUAGCCACUGACUAACAUGGGCAGCUGCUGAUUGAAGGCUGUGGCUCUUAGACCACCCCACCCUGUGCUGGACCAUAGGAUAGUCCCCGUUGGGAAGGGACGUGUCUAGUGCACUGUGCGUGCCUGUGUGUUCGGCCAGAGAGUGUGUUAAUGAUCUCUGGACAGCCAUUUCCUCCAUAGCAGUGAGAACUAGCAUUAGCCUGCCACCAGCAACAUUUCCCACACCUCGUCAGUGUUUAUGAGCUGGUUAACUCUGCCUUUUCCCGCUCCCUAAGUAACUUUCCCAGGGAAGAGUGGAUGUUCUGCAGUGAUUAUAGAACACUCACCCUGUUCAGAAGCUGCAUUUACAUCAAGUCCUAAGAAAUGAGGCAGGUCUGGAUCACUGGCAGGGCCAGAGAAGCCCAUUCUUCAUUUUAGUGCUCUCCUAAUGCAUUCCCCAAGCUGGACCUCUCACCAGAACCGGCAGUGACCUGGGGUUUCUUCUUCCUAGCUUGUCACUGAAUUGGAGAGCCAUCAGGAGACGGUAGAGGCUAGCUCAUCAUCGUGGGAUAUUAAAGCUGGACCAGCCCCAGCCCCACUUUAAAUGAAGACCCACUGUUCUGGUUUCUGCUGUAGUUCUCUAGGGCAGAAUAAUAGUGAAAGUCACACAAUUUGUGGAUGAAGGGGACACCCAAGUGACAGAGGUUUUAGAACGGCUGUUUUGUUUCUUUCAAUUAAGUUGUACCUAUAUCCCCUGAAUAUAUUCAUAAUAUACAGAGUACUUAAUAGGGAAAACUCCGUAGUGCGAACUAAGUAAUAAGUGGAAUUUUGUUGUAGUUAUUUUAAUUGCAGCCUUUGCUGUUUCUUUCAGAAUAAAAUUCCUUAGGCUCUUACACCUUUCUUAGCCAGCCCUUUGCUCCUCAACCGUAGGAUGCUCCCUAGACUUAGCGUUUAGAGAGGAUGGAACUGGUUAGUCUCAUGACCCAGGAGGGUGCGAGGACUAGGCUGCUGCACACAUUUUCUUUGAUGACCCAGAAAUGCACCUUUCACCAUAGCAUUCUGAAGACUGUUCUGUAGAAGACAUGUAGGAAGGAACACACAGGUGUCAACUUAGUCAAAGUGGAUGGUGGAAGAGACACUGCUCUGUGUCUGCCGGUUUUUCUUCUGAGGGCAAAUAUACUCUUGUGUCCCUUUUGUGGCAUCUCAGGUCCAGAAGGAGUUAGACAAAGCCAUGCUAAGAUCAGGUUCGCUCCUCUCCCUUCCCUACCACCAAGUGUGAGCAUAGACAGUCAGGCUUCAGUGUCGAACUGUGCAGGGUGUAGCCUUCUGGUGCCAGAUUCCUGUAGCAGCCGUCAGUUCUCCCUAGCUGGCACUUGCCCUCCAAGCUGAGAUUCCAGUUUGCAUCAGACAUGACCAUCAGCCCUAAGCUCCAGCAAAGCAAGAAACAGAUACUAUGCAAGACAAGUGGGUGUUCUUUUUCUCCCUUCUCCCCUCUCCCCCUCCCUCUCUCUGUACCUGAUACACUGUUUACUCUUAGCUGUACAGAUAUAGUUGUCUUAAGAGCCAAGUACCAAACCUUUCCACCUAGAAAUAUAAAAUGGUUGUCUGUUUGGUUUUAGGCAACCUGCUAUUAGCUCCUUGUGGUCUGGUGGUUGUGACUUACUCAACCUGUUUACAUUAGGAUCGGAGAAGGGGCCCUGCAUCCUGGUGGACUGCCACUGCUGUCUGUAACCCCUUGACUCAUAAAGAGCCUUUUGACAGAGGACUUGGGACAAGGUAUGCCCUGUCAGGGAUGCUUUUCGCCACAGUGAAAUUGUGUGGAAUUGAGUGGGAGGUUGUACGACAAAAACAGAACCAAAGUGCAUUCUUCAUGUGUAUGUGCCUGUUCCAGGCGAGGCCCAGGUUGGAAAUGCAGUAAAGCAGACUUAUGAAAGCAAACAGUCUACUUCUGGUUAGUCUCGAGAGACCUGCGUCUGACAGUGUGGACUAAGCUCAAGGCAGGUGUUUGGGUGCUGUCCUGGGGCAGGGAGGUACCUGGGAUGGAAAGGCACUGGGGUGCGGUCUCCACAAGGAAUAAAUACACCUUUUGGACAGUAUUUAGUUUCCUGACCUCUUGUGACCAUCCCUACUUCUCUGAAGACACAGUUUGCAUAAAGAGUGACUU